CCGGCGGCGGCGGCCGCCGCCUCAGCUUGGGCGGCUGUAACCGGUUUGGGGCAGGAAGCGGCUCAGUCAGCACAGGCUGCAGCUCGAACUGGGCGAGGGGGCGGGAGAGAAAGGAAGCGUCGCCUUUGCCCGGAGCGGGGGAGGGAGCCGCCGCCGUGGUCCAUCAGCCACCCCCCGCCGACCUUCUCCGCCUCCAGUAGGCUAGAUACUGCAUCCAUUAAGCUUCAUUCACACAAGUAUGGCUCGUUGUCAGGUUACCUUUGAAGUAAGAGGAGAAUCUCCACCAGGAGUGGUUUUUGCCCUAUGUGGAAGCUGCAAAUCUCUGGGAAACUGGGAUCCACAGUGUGCAGUAAUCCUUCAACCUGAGGAUGAGGCUGGUGAUGUCCUGCUCUGGAAAGCUACUGUUGACCUCCCUAGAGGAGAUGACAUUGAGUAUCGGUACUUUCAGGGGACCUUUUUACAACCCCAGACUACCGAUGGUCCUUGCCAAGUCAUAAUUCACAAGUGGGAGACCCAUCUACAACCACGAUCAAUAACCCCUUUAGAGGAUUAUUCUCUGGAUGAUGGAUACUUUGGAAUCUGUGAUGGAGUGGAAAGUAUCGAUUCUGGGUGGCUGACAUGUCAGACAGAAAUACGACUGCGUCUCCAUUUUUCUGAAAAACAACCUGUAUCUAUAACUAAGAAAAAAUUUAAAAAGUCUAGAUUUAGGGUGAAACUCACUCUGGAAGGUUUGGAGGAGGAGGGAGAAGAUGACGACGACGAUGAUGACAGACUGUCUCCUACGCUUCAGCAGAAAAUGGCCAACACGCUCGAGAUCUCCGUAAUAAGUGACACCGAAUUCCAGUCCCGGCAUUCUCAGCCGGAAUGUGGCUACGCCUUACAGCCCGACCGAUGGACCGAAUACAGCAUCCUUACUAUGGAGCCAGACAAUCUGGAAUUAAUCUUUGAUUUUUUUGAGGAAGAUCUUAGUGAAGCUGUGAUACAAGGAGAUGCCCUUCCGGGCCAUGUGGGCUCUGCGUGUUUGCUGUCCUCCACAAUUGCAGAACUGGGAAGGAGUUGUGGUCUUCUCACGCUUCCUAUCAUGAACAGAAUUUCACGAAAAACCAUCGGAAAAGUUAGAGUUGACUAUAUAAUUAUUAAGCCAAUUCAGGGAUACUUGUGUGAUAUGCAAGCUUCGUUUUCCAAAUACUGGAAACCAAGAGGAGGGCUAGAUGUUGGACAUCGAGGUGCAGGAAACUCUACAACUACCACCAAGCUUGCUAAACUUCGAGAGAAUACAGUUGCUUCUUUAAAGAACGCAGCUAGUCAUGGAGCAGCCUUUGUGGAAUUCGAUGUACAUCUUUCUAAGGAUCACGUUCCCAUAAUAUAUCAUGAUCUUACUUGCUGUAUUGCCAUGAAAAAGAAAGAUGAAACUGAUCCAUUGGAGCUGUUUGAGAUCGCGGUGAAAGAGCUGACAUUUGCCCAGCUGCAGUUAUUAAAGCUGGCGCAUGUGACUGCCUUGAAAUCUAAAGACAGCCGAGAGUCAUUUAAAGAAGAAGAAAAUGCUCCUUCUGAUAUGCAACCCUUCCCCCCCCUCCAAACGGUAUUAGAAGCUAUUCCUGAAGAUGUUGGGUUUAAUAUAGAAAUAAAAUGGAUCUGUCAGCAAAGGGAUGGGGUAUGGGAUGGCAAUCUUUCAACCUACUUCGACAUGAACGUUUUCCUAGAUAUAAUUUUGAAAACUGUUCUACUAAAGGCCAGAAGCAGGAGGGUUAUAUUUUCUUCAUUUGACGCAGACAUAUGUACAAUGGUCCGGCAGAAACAAAACAAAUAUCCCAUAUUAUUUCUAACUCAAGGAAAAUGUGAUUCUUAUCCAGAAUUGAUGGAUCUCAGAUGUCGUACGACAUCUAUUGCUAUGAACUUUGCACAAUUUGAAAAUAUCCUGGGAAUCAAUGCACAUACAGAAGAGUUGUUACAGAAUCCAUCAAUGAUUGAUGAGGCAAUUUCUAAAGGCUUGGUUGUCUUCUGCUGGGGCGAUGAGGCAAACGACCCAGAGCACAGGAAAAAGCUGAGAGCAUGUGGUGUUCAUGGCCUAGUAUAUGACAGGAUUUAUGACUGGAUGCCUGAACAGCCAAAUAUAUUCCAGACUGAGCAGCAAGAACGUCUGAAGAAGGAGGUACCGGAGCUGAAAAGCUGCAUUUGUCCCACUGUUAGCCACUUCAGUUCUAUAGGUCUAUGUAGAUGUCGCACUGGCUCUGUGAACCCAAGACUGGCAGAAAGCACGGAGAGUUUGUAGCGGGUCUCCCCGCUAAACAGAACGCUCCUUGAGGCGCACAUUCAGUUCUUUCCAUGAAACCAAGCUACUAAUUGCCUUGCCUGUUCCUGUCUCCUGAUGAAGCAAUAACACGUGGUCCACAGUAGUACAUUAAAGAGUCAUUGCUGGAUUGUCGAAUCACGCUAAGAUGCUUGGUCAGUGGUAAUGAUUGAUCAGUUCUGACUACACGAGAAGACAAACCAGUUUUAAGAUGAAAUCUGUGUACUGUAACAUACCGAUCUGAUUUCUGAACAAUCCAAAGUGCAAUAGCUGCAUGUUGCUAGGAUCUGAGCUGCCAAACGUCCUUGUAUAAAUGAAUUAACUCCAAGACUAGUCUGGUUUAAAUUAGCAGUGAAAACCGUACUGUAUAAAACUUGGCUUGCAGAAAGAGGACCUCCAAUGCAUGCAUUUGCACUGAUGCAUGCAUCUAUGCACAUGUGUGCCGUCACAUUGCACAACUGCAGUUAAGUCUCUUGUUUUGUUUUUUCCAUUGCCUUCAGGUUACUGCUAUCUGUAUGUAUGUGUGUGUGUGGGUUGUGGUUUUUGUGCUGUUUAUUUUUUUCCAAUGUACAUUGCAAUGAAUAAUGUAGUGGCUACAGGUGAAAAGUUCCUUUUCUUCCCUGUGUUUUUGU